CCGCCGCCGCCAGCAGACAAAGGCCCAGCCUCCCGCCGCCUGUCCCGCGGCUCCGGGCCCGCGCCGCCAUGGGCGGCCCCGCGGAGCCAUGAGGCGCGCGCCGCGGCCGGAUCGGCGAGCAGCAUGGCCGGGCCCGGGCCGGGGCCGGGGCCGGGGCCCGGGGCGGGCCGGCGGGGCAUGCUGAAGCGCAAGCCCAACUUCACGCUGCAGGAGAUCGACAUCCUGAUGAGCGAGGUGCUCAAGUACGAGCAGCUGCUCUUCGGCGCCAGCUCCACCAACGUCAACGCCUACGAGAAGCAGAAGAUCUGGUGGCGCAUCACCAACAAGAUCAACGCGGCCGGCCGCAACCAGCGCGACAUCGGCGAGGUGAAGAACCGCUGGCGAGGCCUGCGCCGCCGCGCCAACGACAAGAUCACCCGGCACCGCCAGGAGCGCCAGGCGCCGCCCGAGCGCCCCUUCCCGCGCGGGCCCGACCCGCCCAGCGAGCCCGAGCUGGGCCCCGACUGGUGCCUGCACGGCGUGUGCCCGCUCGACGCGCCGCUCGUCACCGUGGAGGUGGUGGCCCCGCACGGUGUGAAGGAAGAGUCGGUGAAGGAAGAGCCCGUGGAGGUAAAGACAGAACCGUUCCAUGCCCCUCCGUCUGAGGCCAUCCAUCAGCGGGUGACCGCAGGAGCAGAGAGGAGGCUCCCCAGGAGCUCUGGCCACGUGCCGAGUGACCCAUGCGAAGGUUGGAGCCGGAGCCCGCAGAACCCCUCACAACCUGAACUUGCCAUCAGUGAGGUGGGGGGGCAGCAGGAGCCACUGGGCACGGAUUUCACGAGUAUUAUCUUUGACCAAGAGGCAGAGCACCUGAAUAAUUGUAACGUGGGUGAGCCCGUGACCCCCGGAACUGUGUCGCUGCAGGAGGGGGGGCCUGAGAGCAGCCAUCUCAGCCAAGCAGAGAAGCGGAUCAUCCAGUCCAAUGAGCAGCUGGUGCAGGAAAUGCGAGCCUUCCGCAGGGAGUAUGCGGAGAGCCGCAGGGAAACCGCCUCCAUCCUGCGCAUCAUUGCUGAGGCCCUCAGUGGUGUCAGCAGCAGCCUCUCUGAGAUCCGAGAUCUCUACCUCCGAGAGCAGGUGACCCCCAAGCAGUGAGGGGCCACAGGGCCUGGUUGUAACGCAGCUGGCUGUGUGGGGGAGGACUGUGACUUGUUGGGGAGGGAAACCCUGAAAGGGGUGGCCUGGAGCAGAGACAUAAGAGACCCGCUCAGUUGAUGGGAGAGAGAUUUUGGUUUGGGGACUGGUUUCUCCCCCAAGUUGCUCCUAUUUUUUUUUUUUUUUAAACCCUGCCCUGCCCUUUCUCCACUUCAAUAAAACUCUAAACUGGC